AUGAGCACUACUAAUGCUGCUCUGCCUGAUGCCAGGUUAAAACAGAAGAAUUCAGAACAAUCCAUCCGUGAAUCCCAUUCACCUGCUUUAAUCCAGAAGGGCUUUACUACCACCUUACCUAAUGUACCUCAAAUCAAUACACAAUAUAUAUCUCCACAAUUAAAUAUGGUUCAUCUGUCUCAAAAUAAUAAUUCUGAUGAUGGGGGGGUAGAAGACGAUGAUCUUCCAUUCAAAACUCCUGUGGAUAAAUCAGCUCCAUUUUUUCAAUCAGUAAAUACAUUGCCAACACCAAUGAUAUAUACUCCUAAGUCUCCGACUUCUGAUCAUUGCACAUAUCCACCUCCUCUACCUUCAACAGAUGGCGAGUCACAAAUUUUUGUUGGAAAAAAACGACAAACAAGUGGCGGGAAUGUUGGUGAUGUAACUUCUAAUCACGUACUCAAUUCCAUACCUAAUAGGCUUGAUACUAUUAUUAGUUCCAAUACUAAUCAGCAGAGCCAGCCACUAAGAGUUAUUUCUGAACUUCCACCCUUUCCAAAUGGGUUUACAAAACGUGUGGUCUCAUUGCCUAUGGUUGCAGAGGAUUUGAAUAAUAGUGGAACAAUAUCUUCUUCUUCAAAAGAAAACUUCAGUAUUUUAGAAAAUAGUCAAGAGGAAGUUGGUAGCUUUGGUAGCAGAAAGAAAGGAAAACAUGACCAAAUCAUCGAGGAGGAGGAAGAGGAAGGGGAAGAUGCUGGAAAUGAUAGUGUCAUUAUAACAAGCAAUGUAGAUUCAACUUCUACUUCCACAUCAAAACUUGAAGAGGAUGAACUAGUAGGUUACUUAUUAGAAGAUUUAGUUAAUCCAUUGCAUUGGCGUAAAGUAAAGCAGAUUGGUGUCGGAAAUUUUAGCAAUGUUCAUUUAUAUGAAUCCCUCGACCAAUCAUACCCAUAUUUAAAUCAAGUAGCUGUUAAACGAAUUAAAUAUCCUCCAGAAAUAACGGAUCCGCAGUUUAAAAAUUCAGAUUUAUAUAUUGAAACAUUAUCCCGAUUAGAAAAUUCCUUAACUCGUGAGUUAUAUGUUUUAAAGUCUAUCCAGCAUCCUUGCAUAGUACAAUUUUAUGGUGUUAAUAAUCCGAUUUUUAUUGAGAGCAAAAAACCGCUUACUGAAUUACUAAAGAGACAGCCAACAUUGUCACCAUGUGACAUUAUCUUAUCUUAUUGUUCGGGAGGCGACUUAUUAGCAGCAGCCUCUAGCUGUAUGGGUAAAUUAAAUAAAAAGCUAAUACAAAGAAUUUUUGUUGAAUUAGUACUUGCAGUGAAAUAUUUGCACGAAAAUGCAAUUAUUCAUAGAGAUUUAAAGUUGGAGAAUAUUUUGUUACGGUUCCCAAUAGAAAGUAUUGAAAAUGGAUUAAUGGAAUUAUCUAUUUAUUACCAACAAAAUAUAACUCAGCUAACCGAUUUUGGUCUUUGUAAGAAAUUAGAAGAUCAAGAAAUGUGUACAGCACGCUGUGGCUCCGAAGAUUAUGUUUGUCCUGAAAUCUUGAUGGGAAUUCCAUAUGAUGGGUAUUUAAGUGAUACCUGGGCUUUGGGGGUAAUAUUGUAUGGGUUAUUAGAGGAUCGUUUACCUUUUGAUCCUCCACCAAAUGCUAAUGUGAGACAAAGGAAUAGAUCGACAUCUCAUAGGAUUGCUAGGUUCGAAUGGAGGUGGUUUAAUAUGGUAGAGUCAGAUAGUCCUGCAAAGGACAUUGUGAAAAAUACUUUAACUAGAAAGAGUACUAGGUGGAGUAUUCAGCAAAUCUACGAAUCUCCAUAUAUACAAGAAAUGCUUGAUUCUCUAGAAUUUAUUCCUAAAACUUGA